CUCGCAACUAAACUGAAAUGAAGGCAGCCUUGGGUUUAAUUUUGCUAUUUGUGCUGCAAAUCUUGGCAGAUGAUGCAGAGGAUGCAGAUUUCAUUGCCGAGUGCAUGGCGGAGAAUGGCAUAACAGAUGAGGAUUUGGAUGCACUGCAACUGAGCGACAUGGCGCCCGAUCAGGUGCAGGAUAAUUUCAAGUGCGGCCUGCAGUGUUUGUUUCUCAAGUACAACUAUAUGGAUGAUGCUGGCAAUUUGCUGCAGGAGGAAAUGCUGGCCAGGCAGGAUGAUGCAAAAGAAGCGAAAAUCUUGGCCAAGGCGCUGGAGCUGUGCGGCGAGCUCAAGGGCGACGAUGGCUGCGACACGGCUUACAAAAUUACAAUGUGCUUUAUAGCGAAUGCAGCUACGAUAACGCAGAUGUAAGCUAUAGUAAUAAACUAAUGC